GCUGUGCCACGGGAGGCCGACCAAAACAUGUUACUGGGAUUCAACACUGCCGUUUUUAUUCUCUUAGAAAUGUUAUAACGAUUGAAAUACACUAUUAUAUUAAAAUAAUUCUACAUGCCAACACAGUUUUAGAUUUCCUUUUCUGAUACUUGUUUUUAUUUUGGAGUUUUACUUUUCCUUGGUUCGUCAUUGGUCGUGAAACACCGGAUAUUGAUUUUUUUUUUAUCGUAGCUAGCUGUAAUGCUAGCUAACUACAAACUCAAUGACAGCACCUUCUGGAAAGAACGUCGAAUCGCGCAUUGGUUUGUCCAAGAAGUUCAAUUAGCUGCACCGUGUAAAGGUGGACGUAACUGUCUUCCCGCAGAAACAGGCUAGGCUAAGAUGAUCGAGGUGGUGGCCUCGAUGGCCAGGGGCCCCGUGUUUCUCUCCGGGGAGCUCCUCGAGUGUCUCAUAACUUUUACCAACCCGAUGUCCCACCUGUCCACCUCUGCCAGCUGUGAAAUGCUGGCAUGGGCCAGUGCUCAGAUCCACUGCCAGUUUCAUGCCAGUGAGAGCAGAGUGGCCUUGCCGGCACAAGGAAACAAACAUGAUGUCCAGGCUGAGAGCAACACCGUGCUCGUUCCAAGCAGAGGAGAAAGAGGUCAGUGUGUUCUUGACACACCACCUAAAAUAUUAUUCUGUGACCUACGCCUGGAUCCUGGGGAGAGCAAAACCUAUUCAUACAGUGAGAUCGUACCCGUAGACGGUCCUCCUAGUUUCCGUGGCCAGGCGGUGAAAUACGUCUACAAACUGACCAUCGGCUGCCAGAGGGUCAACUCUGCUAUCAAGCUGCUCAAAGUUCCUUUCAGAGUGCUGGUUCUGCAAGGCAUGCCGGAGCCUCCAUUCCCCCAGGAUGAGGAGGUUUCCCCCUCCAACCCGUUCCUGGAGGAGGAGGAAGCGAGCCGCAGGGAUGCUCGGCCUUUGGAGAGAGCUUUGGACAUGCUGAUGGUCACUACCUCAAGACGCUGCCCCCACAUGUUUAACAUCACCAACAUGCGUGGGAAAGUGGCAAAGUUCUGCAUCUUCAAGACAGUUUACAGACUCGGGGAGGACAUCAUCGGUACCUUCAACUUCUCCGAGGGAGACAUUCCCUGCCUGCAGUACUCGGUAAGCCUUCAGAAUGAGGAGGAGAUCCAGCAGCAGUACCAGCGGCGUCCCGGUCAGGUCAUCAGCGUGACUGGACACGGGCGACACAUGGAGUCCUGCCUCCACACCGCCUCCAGCCAUUUCUCUCUCCCCGUCCCCCUCAACGUCACACCGGGCUUCAGCACAGACAUAGUGAUGUUGAGGUGGCGCCUCCACUUUGAGUUCGUCACCGCCCGGGAGCCUAUGGAACCGCCGACAGUUCUGCAGAACCAAUCAGAGGUCACAGUUUGGGCAGGGGCGGAGCAUGUUGACGUGGAUACCUUCAGCUGGGAUCUGCCAAUCAAAGUCCUGCCCACCAACCCGGCGCUGGCGUCCUACAUGUCCCACUUCACCGGGACCAACAGCAUUACUAUUUGAUCUGUAUGUGUGUGAGCUUGUGAACAACAGAUAUUCACAAGUUAAUCUAUUUUUGAUGGUAUCUCUGUGUGUGUGUGUGUGUGUGUGUGUGUGUGUGUGUGUGUGUGUGUGUGUGUGUGUGUGUGUGUGUGUGUUUGUCUGAGUGAGAGUAACAUUGAGAACAGAUGUUUUCAUUUCAAAAGGAGCAUUAUUUUUCAUAUUUAUAUUGAAUAUGCAGUGAUGGAUUUAAUAUGCAUAUUAUGCAACAUAUGUCAUGCCUUUUUCCAUAUGCAAUAUUCAGUGCUUUUUAACUUCAAAUACUUUUUUUUUGGACCUUAUGUUGUGCAACUGUCUUUGGGGUUUAUGCAUAUUUGUGUAUUUAUUUCAUAUGAUUCCUUUACUCACUAUAUAGUAAUGUUUCUCAUUUAAAAUGCUUUUAUUAACAAUUAGUUUUCCCUCAACAUGAGCAUGAACGUUAUUAAGAUGUAAAUUCUACAAGACAAUUCAUUAAAAGUGUGAUUUAAAUUUGA